GUGCUGCUAGUUUAGCAGUUUUCACCCUCUGGAGUAAAAGCGCAAGCGCUAAUGUCCUUUCCCGAAGCUCGGUACUACACGCCAGUAAUCCGUGGAAUGCCAAGGUAGAAGGAGCUAUUUUUUCGAAGAGACGCAGCAGGUAUUACUAGACGCAGCUCCGAAUAGUUUAAGAAUCGAUGGUCGAUCGAAGAAAGGAGAUUGCCGUUGAAAGCAAGAACAGAGACGAAGAUCGAACAGGAUGAAGACGUGGCGCGUUCAAGUAUCGACUUUGUAUGGACCAACCAGUUACAUGGAACGAUCGAAGCAAAACUCGCUUAGAUCGGUUUAAUGUUUUUGCAGAUAAUACAAAUGUCGAUUUCCGUAUUGCAUUCUUUUGAGGAUCUGGGCUAGGAGAGAAAGCGAAAUAAGAUUUUGUGUCAUAACGAUCAUAAACGUAUCGCGAUCCGUUUGACUUUCCUCCUCAUCGAUACUCGACUCGGUUUAUUGGGUGAACAGAAUAGAAGAGAAAAGUAGGAAAUAAAGGAAAAGGAGGCGCCGGGAAAUAAGUAUCGAAAUAAGGCGGACGGCCAGAAGGACUGACGUAUAAUAGGAAAGAAGAGGUGAUUAAGAGAAAGUACUGAAGGAGUGAAGAAGAAAACCGUUGGCGGAGAGGUGAGGAAAGUGGGCGGCAUUGCCAAGAUCAAAUAAAAGAGCCUCGUGACGGAGGGGCUUCGUACGGCCCUGGCGCGACUGCGGCACUGCACCCCCACAGGGGGUUCUCUGCCAAAUACACCGAAUCCGCCUUCCACCCCGGAACAUAGAAAUCACGCGGAAGUCGCAGUUGUCGCAGCGUUCCAAAAGUGGUCGUUAUGGGUUCGAGCACCGCUUCCGAAACAACAAUCAACACUAGCACCGACAGCGCCAACACGAUGCUCACCAUGGUGACGACAACGGACGGAGAGCAACCGGACGACAGUUUCGAUUUGAUGGAUAUUCCAUCGGAGAUGUCACCACCGGCUGCUACAUCGUCCACCGGUGGUCAGUCACCGGAACCGAUUCUAUCGGCUGUUGCUGUAAUCUCCUCACCGCUACCAGUCCACGCUUCGAUCUCUUCGCCGAUCGAAUAUUCGACCCCGGACGAGAAGGGACUUAAAACUGGCGCGACUUUGAGAUCGGAACUUCCAAUCGAUUGUUUGGAUAUUCGAACAUCUAGUGUUUCGAAUCUUCUCGAUGAGACGGAGAUUCCUUCGGUCGAUGCAACGCCUAUUAUCAUCCACGAUACCGUCAACGAUGUCGGUAAGGUUUCCGUCUCCGGAAGAACCCCGCCUCUUCCAGAUCUCCGAGCGACCGACUUUUUCAGCACACCAGUAAGGGGUUCGAUGGAUGCUGGUCAACCAGACCCGGAUGGUCUAAAUCCGUUGCUAACCUUGCUUGUUGGAAGAUCCCGUGGCGAAGAUGGGAAUCGAGAGAAUCGAAUAGUAAACAACAUCGGUGAGAAGAAAUACGGGGAAGGAAAACCGAAUGUGAACGUUACGACGAACCCUCUGGACAUAUCGUUGAUAGGAACUCACACCGAUCAAAGUAACAACGAUCAGUCGUCCGAUGGUCCUGGUAGAACAACCAGUGCCACGAGCAAACCUCGAGGAAAACCCGCCGAAUCGCAUCCCCUCGUUUCAACCAUUCAUUCAUGGGUCAGGCUCUUUUUCCCGUUUUGCGCAAUAGGAGGCAACGCGAGUGGAAAUAAGAGAUCGACGCAAGCGGCAACAAUCGUGGUGCAACAACCGUCGCUGUCAUUGGACGGAUCAGCCGGAGCUGCAACAAUAUUGCUGCACCCAGAGUUGGACGUUAGACGUCGAGAGGAAAAUAUGAGACAAUUGUUGGAUGUGGCCAAUACCUUGACCUUGCAAGAAAUACACGACUUUGAGAUGAGGUACGGUAGUCCGCACCACAGUCGUUCUCAGUCGGUUAAGACACCCGGAAGCCGUUCAUCGGGCAGACCAAACUACCUGUGUCUUCCACAGCAGAGAUCAAGAGUCGCGAGCAUGCCAAAUACCGGCGUUGAAGAAGAGUAUUAUAGACUUCGACAUUUCAGUAUAACUGGUAAAGGAGUUGUAAAUCGAGGAGACUCGUUGAAAAGUCGGAGAUCUCGAUCAAACAAUAGCGUCGCUUCGAGUAACUCGAGCACGGAACAUUUAACAGCUUCGUAUCCUGGAUCGGCAAGAAAUUCUGCAGCGGGAUCGUUGGCGAGUUCCCGCGAAAGCAGCGCGUCUCAGGGACCAACACCGUAUCGCGUUCUAAUGCUGGGAGCUCCAGCCGUAGGAAAAAGUUCGCUGGUUUCUCAGUUUAUGACGUCGGAAUAUCUUCAUGCGUACGAUACAUCGAUCGACGACGAGUCGGGAGAGAAAACCGUCAGCGUUCUUCUAGCUGGAGAAGAAUCCGAACUGACUUUUAUCGAUCACUCUAGCACUGAGAUGACGCCGGAAACCUGCAUAACUACGUACGAACCACACGCUUACUGCGUCGUCUAUUCAACGACCGAUCGGGCUUCGGUACGCGUGGCGGAAGAAGUUUUGCAAACACUUUGGCGCAGCGACUACGUGUCGGCUCGAGCGGUGAUCCUUGUUGGAAACAAAGUCGACCUCGUUCGCAGUCGAUUAGUCUCGACCGAAGAGGGGAAAUCUAUGGCUACAUCUUACGACUGUAAAUUUAUCGAAACAUCGGUCGGAAUCAAUCAUAAUGUCGACGAACUUCUCGUUGGCUUGCUUACACAAAUUCGACUGAAGCUCGAGAACCCUGAAAGAACAAGGGACCUAUUUCGGAAGAGAUCGCGAAAGAAUCGUAGCAAAUCACCUUUAGGAUCUUGUUCUGAAAACAAUUCACCGAAAAAAUAUCGCGGUAGUCGUACAAGUACCAGUUUAAAGGUACGAAAUUUAUUAGGUAAGGUAUGGGCAAGAGAUAGCAAGUCUAAGAGUUGUGAAAAUUUACACGUUCUUUAAUCGUUUGGACGAAGAAAUGCGACACGACAUUCUAUUCCUACUCGAUCAGAACGUCACUAAAGUUACUUUCAAUCUGAAAUUUCUUCGUUUUUUACCUUAGUUUCUUCUCUUCUCAUUUCUCUAUCGUUCUCUUCUUCCUGGUAGUUGUUUUUAUCUCUUUUGCCUUCAUUCAUUAUUUUUCGAUCUUUAUUCCAUUUUUCUACAUAACUUCUUGAGCUUCGAUUGCUCUGGAUUUCGCAUCGCGGGGACCAGCAUUCAUCAGACCACUAGUCAAUUCUCUCGUUGUUUCGUAUUUUACUCUAAUCGUAUUGGUGUUGUAAGUUUUAGUGGAAUCGGUUUAUUGGAUAAAAUACGGUACAUCUAAAUACAUACAUGAUCGAAUAGCUUGAAAAGCGUUUAUAAAGACGUUUUUGCGAAACUUUAACUACGUUUCGACAAUGCAGUGCGUGUCAAGAAGUCACGAAUAGAUCGAAAUCUCGAAUAUAGAAUAAUUCGAACGAGUUUUCUCGGUUUUCCCCUAAUUCCUCUCUGAACCCAAUUGUUCCAACCUGGAAAUUAUAAAAAGCCGAAAGCAUUGUGUGUCAUUUACAUAUUUCGAGCUCCUUAUUUUAGCUUGUUCACCUCUUCUCUCGCUCUCAAACUCUUCCUCUUACAUCAGUCUUUUUUUGUUGUGGUGCAAUCAGUUUUAUCGAUCUCUUUACUCUUCGCAUGUUUGAUAUACAUAUGUAUAUAUUACUCCCGUUCUACGAUCCAAACGCGACGAAGUGAACCAAUGUUCUUAUGUUUUUCAAGCUCGCACGAUCGAUGCACAGCCAUAAUCACAUUAGGAUUAUUUUCUUCAAAUUUCGCUACAUACCAGGAGUAAAACACCAUUUAUAUUAUAUAUCUCUACAUUAAUAUUCAAUCGACAAUAUACAUAUAUAUGUAUGUAAGCAGUUACUUCGUCUUUCGCAAUUCCACAACUUUCCUACAUUGGGUUUCGUCGUUACGUUAGUUGUCACGCAAAUGUUGCUUGAAUGGUUGAUUGGUUGAACGCAAUCGUGAACAAACAGUACAAAAGUUUGUCGCCUUACUUCGUUCGUCACUUAAAUGAUACAGAGAAUAAGAUAGAGAAGGAGCGGGGGAAAAAAAUAAGAACCGGAAGAAAAAUGAUAAAACUAAAAAAUGGAAAAAUAAAAGGUACACGUGCCGAUUUUUUAUCUCGCAAAACAACGUUAAAUUAUGUUUCUUAUUAAUCUGUUACGAUAUAUUAUGAAAAUUUAUAGAAUAACAAACGCGCCUUUUCUUGUUUGUUAAUCGCGAAGCAAAAAAAUUGUAACGAAUCGAGUUGUAUCGUUCGAGCAAACAGAUUAGUUUGCGUUUAAGUACAUACGAAGAGAAAGAAGGAUUAACUUAAUAGAAAAGAGACAGGGAAACAUAAAAAGGGGAAAAAAGACAAAAUCACACAUUUAGAGUACGAUAAGUGCAUAAAUACAAGUUCACAUGUGAGAUUUUGUUCGUUUACGAGGUUUUGCAGAUAUGACGGAUUUUUGGAAGACUGUCCGGUAAAUUGUAUUACUCUUUAAGUAUACAACCAAUUUUACCUUAGUCUGUACUGUUACCUUAUAAUAACCUCCCGUCCAUCGACUAGAAAGAAAUUUCUACGAGCCAUGGCAAUCGUUUAAAUCGCCAUUACUGCAUGGAAUCGUAACGAACGUAUCGGACAUUUCGAGUACACGAAUGACCAUAAAUUAGUCGUUAAGAACCGCGCUACUUGUUUCUGCGAAAAGUUUCCAUUACUUUUCGUGCCGAAACGAACUGUAAUUGUACCGUGCUGUACCGUGCUGUACCGUGCUGUACCGUGCCGUACCAUACCGUGCAUCGUACCAAAUUUUAACUUUUAACCUUUCAAAGCGCAUGUGCGAGACUGAUUUUCAUUCGAUUUCGAAUAUCGAACGAUACCGCUGACAAACGAGCGUUUCGUUUCCUUGAGAAAAUUGUUUGCGAAAUAAACUACAUGUUCCGAUAAGAACAAACGUCGUCGAUGCGCGCAUGCUCUUUUACUUGUACUUUUUUUCUCUUUUUCGAGAAAAGAUCGUCCUCUGCUCUUCGCUAGGCCGUAUUAACGACGAGAGCAGCGACGUUAAACGACAAGGACAUGCAAAAGGAAAUUGAGAAUGAGAGGGCAAACUGUAAUCGGAAGGACCAAUUUGAUAAGAAAUAAGAUGCGCAAAGAAAAAUAAAAAGAAAACAUUAUGACUUUCAUGAAUAGACUACGAUGGAAUGAGAAUUGGGAUGAUGGGGAGCGUGCGAGCGAGCGAG